CGUCGCGCAAGGACAGUGGGCCUACAGCUAGCGAUGCAUUAUUAAACAGAAGGCGGACUUUCUUCUGCCUUAAAUGGCAGUGACAUGCAUAAUUCGUAUCGAAUAACGCAGUACUGAUGUCGCUCAUUUAGUUACAGCAAUGCUGUGCAGACAUUGUACCCUUUUCAAAACAAAAGACGAUUAAAAAUGCUGACGUAAAACCUUGCAAAGCUUGCAGCCAAUCACGAGGCUACUUUUUUGGCAUGUGCGAAAUUGCGCCGAACAUUUUUUUAGAAUUGAGCAGCCACCUGCUUACUGCUCAAUUGUAAAUAAAUAGCCUACAAUAAAAUAAUAUACAUAGCCUAUACUACCGGAAGUCGUUGCAGCGUCGUAAAGUUGGAGAUCCUCUAUCAGAUGGACGGAGUGAAUCGGUGCUGGUCUGAUCAAUGUUCAACGAUGGCGUGGUGUAUUCUGGGUGCUGCAGUCCUCAUGCUGAGCCUGGGGGUGGACGGGGCAGGGGGCGGGUCCUACGUGGCGGCCGUGUACGAGCACCGCGUCAUUCGGAACCUGCAGCCCAAGGUUCUGCUGAGCCGACAGGAAGCGCUGGAACACAUGAAUAAGAACCUGGACGUGUAUGAGGAGCAGGCUGCUGCUGCCGCCAAACAGGGUGCCCACAUCAUUGUGUUUCCAGAAGAUGGCAUCCAUGGCUUUAACUUCAGCAGGGAGUCCAUCGCUGGUUACCUGGAGACGGUGCCAGACCCCACAACUGUGAGCUGGAACCCCUGUUCUGACCCAGCCCGUUUCCCUAAUACUGAGGUUCUGCAUCGUCUCAGCUGCAUGGCCAAGAACAACAGCCUGUACCUGGUGGCAAACAUGCCGGGGCGUGAGGAUUGCGAUGCCCAGACAACCCCCUGCCCCCCCGAUGGGCGCUACCAGUUUAACACGAAUGUGGUGUUCAGUGCUAACGGCACACUGGUAGCGCGUUACCGCAAGCGGAACCUGUACUUCGAAUUCGAGUUUGACACGCCUGCUGACCCCCAGCUCAUCACCUUCGACACACCCUUCGCUGGUCGCUUCGGUCUGUUCACCUGCUUCGACAUCCUGUUCUACAACCCAGCGGUGGAGCUGGUGGAGAAGCUGGGGGUGCGGCAGCUCAUCUUCCCCACAGCCUGGAUGAAUCAGCUCCCCCUGCUGGCUGCCGUGCAGUUUCACCGUUCCUUCUCCUACGCCACUGGCACCUCCCUGCUGUCCGCUAACAUUCGCACAGACACACUGGGAAUGACCGGCAGCGGCAUAUUCAGCCCCUGGGAGACAUUACAUCACCAUGCGGGGGCGGGCGAGCCGGAAGCUGGCCGGCUGCUGGUGAAAACUCUGCCUGUUCUGGACUCCCUCAGGCCUGACCUUCGACCCCACAACCCCCCCCUCCCACGACCAUUCUCUGGAGACCAGGAGCCCCAGCACUGCUUGCGGGGGGGCGACGAGUGCCAGAAUACUGUCCCCGAGGGAUGGGGUCGUCUCGAGGAGCCAGCUGCCCCCAGCAGCCCCUUCAAGGCGGAGAUGAUGUACGACAGUUUCACCAUGGUGCUCGUGGAGGGCUCUGAGGGAUACCUAUCUGUGUGUGAUAAUGCACUCUGCUGCCACCUGCAGUUUCGGAGGCGAACUGCGCCACAGGAGCUCUACGCGUUGGCGGCCUUCGACGGCCUGCACGUGGUCCACGGAACAUACUACGUACAGGCGUGUGCGCUGGUUAGGUGCAGCGGUCCCACCCCUCAGACCUGUGGGGCAGAGAUCGACCACGCCGACACGCUCCUGGACUUCCGGCUGAUGGGAAACUUCAGCACGCCCCACGUGUUCCCAAGCGUGCUCGGGAGCCACAUGCAGCUGGAACGCCCUGACCACAGCGGCUGGGGGGGGCGGGGCUUCUACAUGAGCUGCCGCGAGCUGGAGCGCGGUCUGGUGACUGCUGCACUCUACGGCAGAGCGUAUGACCGGGACCACACCCACACCGCCGCUGGGGGCAGUGAUAUGAACGUGUAGAAAUACUGAGAGUCUCACACUGGAUUAUGAACACGUGCACAUGCAGCCCAUUUGGUGCAUCAUGGGGAAUGGAGUGAAGUGUGUGUGUAGAACUACACUGGAAGGGUGAGAACUGGAA